AAGGGGGAAAGAAAAUGGAGAAAUUUUUGUUGAUGGCUUUCUUAUUUUUGGCAAUAACAAUAUUCCCUUCAACUCAUGGUCUUGAUCAAAGUCCAAAAGGAGUGGAGAUAUGGUUUAAGAAGCUUCCCCAUGCAAAAAUAAAAAUGAUCAAACUUCACUUCUAUUUUCAUGAUACUGUGACUGCAAAGAAACCAUCAGCAAUCCAAAUAGCACAAGCCAAUAAUACAUUUCAAUCACCAACAUUGUUUGGCUUAGUGAGGAUGAUGGACAAUCCCUUGACGGUUAAGCCCGAGCCCAACUCAAAAGAAAUAGGCCGAGCCCAAGGGAUCUAUGGCUCAGCCUCGUUUGAAGAUAUAGGCCUUCUUAUGACUCUCAACCUUGUGUUCACUAAAGGUAAGCACAAUGGUAGCACGCUUAGUAUUCUUGGGCACAACAAGAUAUUUCACGAGUAUCGAGAAAUGCCAAUCGUCGGUGGUUCUGGUGUUUUCCGGCUAGCAAAAGGUAUCGCCACCGCAAAAACCUACCGAGCUGAUAAUACCACACAAAAUGCAAUAGUUGAAUACCAUGUUGUGGUUCUGCAUUAUUGAAAUCUCCUUGUUUGUUUUGAUUGUUCAUAAUGUAUUGUUGAUUGUGGUCCGUUGACUUUCUUGUAAUGCCAAUAAUGUAAAUGUGUAAAAUUAAGAAAUAAA